AUGGAGUACAAAACCAAAGCAGUACCCAUGGAUUCCACUUCCUACCUCAGCAAGCAAGCGGCUCCCCCUCUGCUGUUGACCUCGGCCGUCCACAACUUGCCGUUGAACCGGGACUACUUCGUCUGGUCUCUCUUCAACUCCUUCUACAUGAACAUCUGCUGCAUCGGCUUCUUGGCGCUGACUUUCUCAGUCAAAUCCCGAGAUCGCAAGUUUGUGGGUGACUUGGAAGGUUGCCGGCAACACGCAUCGACAGCCCGAAAGCUCAACAUUGUGAGCUCGGUGCUCUGCACCAUCACCACCAUCACAAUCGUUGUGAUGGCGAUGGCUGGCACGUUUCAUAUCCUGAAAACAUUCGACCAGAACAAAUGA